AUGGUCCGCUUCGUCACACUUGUUGGGGCUGCCGCGCUCCUUGCUCAGUCUGCAUUUGGUGCUGCCGUGCCCAUGCGAAGAACGAACCAAGACUCGAACCUUCCCGAGAACAAUUCGUAUAAUCAACAGAAUAAUCAGUACCAACAGAACAACCAGUAUCAACAAAACAACCAGUACCAACAGAACAACCAGUACCAGCAGAACAACCAAUAUGAGCAGCCGCAGCGAAACCAGUACAAUAACAACUAUCAGCAGCAACAGCAGCAGCAGCAGCAGCACCAGACCACGACCUCGGCCGCAAUGGCGCACGAGACCACGACCGCCAUCGGCCACGAAUCGAGCGUCAUGCAGAUGGAACAAUCAUCUGUCAUGGCCCAUGAGACCACGACGAGCGCUAUGGCGCACGAGACGUCUGUCUUGGCCACGGAACAGUCGUCCACCAGCGCCGAGUAUGCCAUGCCGACGUAUGGCUCUGGAUCCAGCCAGUGGGGCAACAACUACAACGACUGCGUUUCUCAAUGCAUGGCUCAAUUCGGAGCUCCGCCAAGCACGAUGACCAUGCACAUGCCACCUUCCGCCUCUGCAACCGAGAAUGUGUCUGGUUCGGUUCACACCAUCAUGGUCGCUCCCGAUGGUGCCGGCCUCCGCUACGUUCCGUUUGCCGUCAAUGCAUCGGUUGGUGACACCAUCCGCUACGUCUGGACGACGCCAAAGAACCACACUGCAACUCUCUCGUCCGCACUCGCCAUCUGCAACAGAUCUGGUAUCGCCGAGCAACGCAACUUUGUCUCUGGCGUCCGCAACGCAGAAUCGGGCCCACAGACGUUUGACGUCAAGGUCGAGACUGAUCAGCCGCAAUUCUUCUACUGCAGCGUCGCUCAGCAUUGCGAAAGCGGCAUGUUUGGCAUGAUCAACCCCGCCACUUCCUCUGGCUCUGCGUCUGGUUCGAUGACCGUCGGCGAGAUGAUGUCCCAGAUGGUUCAGUCGAACCCAUCGAUGGAGGCUGCCUACCGCUAUCUUACCCGCAACAUGACCGGUGGCAUGGCUGCGUCGCAGUGGGGAAUGAGCAUGUCGCUCGAGGGUAUUCCCGAGUCGAGCUAUCCCGACGUCGCCGCCAACGUGCUCUUCACCCAGGCGUCGUUUGCUGCUAACCCGGGCAUGAUGGAGAGCAACGGUGCUCAGACACCCGACAACUCGCCCAUUGCUAUCCCAGCCGACUUUAACGUGCUCCUCUCCAACGCUGCACUUACUGUACCCACCUCGACCACUCUUGGUGGUGAGGCUACCGCUACGUCGCGACCAGCUUCCUCGGCGACUGGCAGCCUUACGCCAGUCAACGCCGAGUCGAACAGCGCGCUCUCUGGCAAGCAGGGCGCCGGAAUCUGGAUUGCUGCCGUUGUUGGUGUCGCCGGAUGGUUGUUGAUCUAA